GAACUUAAGUUGCCUAUGUAUAAGGGUCAUUCACCGCAGAUUAGGAUGCGCCGAUACUUCAUUGAUCUCCUGACUGUCCUCAGCAGCCGUUGCAACCUCUGCCCCACGGCCCGGCAUCUCGCCAGCUAUCUACUGGACCUCUUCAUGGACCGCUAUGACAUCACUGUCAAGCAGCUGCACAUCAUUUCAUUUGCCUGUCUUCUCCUAGCAAGUAAAUUUGAAGAAAAAGAAGAUAAAGUUCCAAAGUUGGACCACUUAAAUAGCCUGGCAUACACAUGCAAUGUUAAUGUGGUAUUGAACAAGAAAGAUUUGCUUAGAAUGGAAAUGCUGCUUUUGGAAAACUUCAACUGGAACCUCUGUAUUCCAACCCCAGCACACUACAUUGACUACUACCUCUAUGUGUCCAUUGGUGAGAAUGACCUUCACAAUGGCUGGCCAAUCACUUCACUGACUAAAAUCAAAGAUUUUUUGGAGAAAUAUGCGUAUUAUUUCCUUGAUUUCUCAGUGCAAGAUCACACUUUCCUACAUUUUCGCCCAUCUCUGAUUGCUGCAGCUUGUGUGUGUGCCUCACGUAUCUGUAUGCAGAUUUCUCCUGCCUGGACAACACAGCUCGAAUUGCUGACAUGUUAUUCCUGGGAACACCUUGCCCGGUGCAUUGAAAUGAUGCUCAUAUAUUAUGAGAAUGACAUCAAAGAAGCCAGUAACAUAAAAAAGCAAGUAACAAUUCAGCGUCAAGAACAGGAAGCAGAGGGAAAUCUGAGCCAUCAAGUCACUACUCAGGUUCUCUUCCAGCACUGCAGCUAUCACCCUUUAGCCCCACAUGCAGCUACACUUUCCCAGUUCCAGUCACCAGUGCAAGAUUUGUGCUCUGCUUAUCGUGACUCCUUACAGGCCCACAGGCCCAGUGGUCUUCUUGCUGGGAGUGCUGACGGCUCACUGCACUCCUGUGCAGCGGCAUUAGGAACAGAGCCCAGACGCUGCAUUUCCAGGGCUUAUGGCAGUAGUUACUUCAGUGGUCAGCACUCAUAUGCAGCUGGGUGUUUCGAUGGAUAA